AUGGCGGCUCGCACGUUGAGUAUGGAUAAGAUACUGAGAUCUCUUGUUGGUGUGGGAAUCGGAGGACUGAUUAUUGUUAGGGGCUCAGCUGAGUUAUUUCCGCAUCUUUAUAAGCAAAUCUAUGGCGUUAAAGAUGAAAAAGGUGCGUUUAUCGCAGUACCCGAUCGUUGUCGAGAACAACUGGAUGUGGUCGCGGAAAGAUAUGGUGUUAAAAAUGUGAACAAUGUUAACUUGUUUAUCUAUCGAGGUUUCCAUGGUAUUUCACUUGGAUCAUCUUUACUUCCCGCUGGAGCUGUAAUAGGUUUACCAAGGUGGUAUUUGUUUCAGAGUGAAGAAGAUAUUCGUAACUCCGGCCUUAAAUUCGGAAAAACAGUUGGUUGGGACUCUGAAUUUGGUAAGGCAGUGUCUGAAACAUUCCUUCCAACAGACGACAUGAUAGCGUUUACAAUUGGCCACGAGCUCGCUCAUACGGAGGAACAUUUUCACUUAAAGUUGUAUCACACGUUUGCACCCCCAACGUGGCUGUAUAUUACGUACAGAAUUUCUAAUUCGACGUCGAAAAUUUUUAAACAUCGAUUUGAUUUGCAAGCUCUUUUUUACCUUGGCAUCAUUGGAGUAAGCCUAUUUACUUAUACGCGCAUUUACCAAAAGUUGCGCCACUUCGCAGAAUUUGAUGCAGACGAAGUAUCUGCUAAAUGUGAUCCUCGAAUGGCACGAGGUGGCGUUGAUUUUUUUGCAAUGACAUUGAAACGAAACUUGAUGCAAAGAGCAUUGCUUGGAAAGGAAGGAGAGAAAAGUUUCACAGAAGAAGGGAAUUUUAUAGCACGUUCUUUAAUAUCAACGCAUCCACCCUUCACUGAUAGACUUGAUAGAGUGAAAAAUAUUUUAGAGUCAUCCCCAAAGUAGUGUUUGUCAAGUGACAUUUCAGGCCUGUAGACAGAUUUUUAAGAAGGGGGAGGGAGGUAUUUGAGGGCUGAAGACUUGAAUUGACAAUUGCAGAAUGCACAAGAUUCUUGGAGGGUUGGGGGGUAGGUUCUCCCUGCAAAAUUUUGAAAAAUUGGGUUGUCUAAGACUGCAUUUUAAAGGAUGUUACUUGAAAGAAAAUUUCUAGGUCAAAAAUUAAUCUCUGAGUAAUGUGUUAAGCUCAAACCUCUUUGAAUGCUUCUUUCUUUCUUUUGAUUCAUCAAUAUUUAGUUGAUGGACUUUUGUGGCCUGUGUGGGAAUGUGUAUACACCUGUCGUCCCUGCCCAUAGGCCUGCAUUUGUGUAGCUUGAGUGACUUGUUCAAGUGGAAGCAGAGUGAUGGCAGCUGAGAGAAAGAGGAGUAGGAAUAACUUUUGGCUUCUCAGUAAGGAGUCAUCUUUGAGAUUAGAGUCGCCUACCCAAGCUAGACAUUUGACUUUACUUGAGAUGUCAUUAUCAGUGUUGUAAUUUAAUUUUAAAAAGGGUUCAUGUCAUGGAUUUUAACUGACGUGUUGUGCCCUUAUCAAGACACUCUCAAGAUCCGCUUAUGUUGUUAAGGGUGUUAAGUAACAGGUUCACAUACAUUUUCUACAGUCAAUAUUAUUGUAAUGGCUAUCAGGUUUCAAUCACCCUUUUAACAUUUAAAUUGUAAGUUUUAGUUAUUAUUUAUAAUUUCUGUCAAUUUGUAUUGUUAAUCAGGGCUACACAUGACAGAAAUUUAAAAAGUUUUUUUUUUUGCCUCUAAGCACUCAUCCCUUUCCUCUUCUGUUGAUUUUAUAAACCUAACACACUCUUCUAGCAGUACUGACUUUUUACUAGAGAAAAAUCCCAAAUUACAUCUCCUGUGAUGAUCUGAGAGUUUUAAGCACAGUAUUGGAUUAAAACAAAACUCGAAAACCAAAUACAGUGUGCAUUUAACUCUUUCACUUCCAAGAUCUCAUCAGUAAAUCUCCUUACUGCCUGCCAAACAAUUCUUAUGAUGUUAGCUCUGAGAAUUUGAUAUUAGAUCAAGUGAUAGUCCCCCACCCUCCUUAUUGAUAUUAUCCUUUCUUGUCAUCACUUGUCUGCUUGAUAUUGUAUCGAUUUUGUGAGGAAAAAUUAAUUCUUGGACGGUCACUCAAAAGAGUGAAAGGGUUUUUAGGGCCUUGCAAGCUAAAGUUGUUCAGUGCAGUUGACAUGUCUCUCUCUUGAUCUUGAAAACAUCACAAUAUUCUAUGAAUAAGGGGAGAAGGGGUUGGGAAAUUGAAAAGAAAAGAUAUGGGUCCCAGGGGUAGGGGGGUUUGCUUUGGCUUAGCACUGAAUAAGGUGGGGGGGGGGGAGGUGGUUUGGUGGUGGAACAAGCAUUUUUAAUGCAAACAUUUGCACUGGAUUUAACUCCCAUGAGUGAUCAAGACAGAGUUUCUCCUUACAGUAUCAAUACAGUAUCAACCAGACAAGUGUUGAGAAAAAAGAAAAAAAUCAAUUUGGGGAUAAUUAGUUGAUCCAAUAUUAAAUUCUCUGAACUAAUAUAAGAAUUGUAUGAUUGAUGGUAAGGAGAAUUACAUAUUUUAUCUGGGAGUGAGAGGAUUAAGUACUGAAAGGUGGUCUUUUGUGCAGCAAUGUUUACUGCAGACAACAAGCCUGUUUUCUUUAUGUGUCUUUGAGCAAUGAAAGACGUGGAAUUUGGGUAAAAAUCAUUAAAAAUAUAAAGCAAACUCAUGGAAAAAGCUUGUUGCAUUAAGCUCUUUACCCUAACAUCAGUAUGAAAACUCUCCAUGGUAUUCUCUUUAAAUUUCCUGAAUUGCUGACAAAGAGGAUCUAUUGAACAAUCAUGGCCUUCUUUACCUGGUAAUCAUGAUAAUUUUCCUUAUUCUUCCGACCUUUCUUAAUGUUUGAUUCAGGGGUCAUUCUGUAAGGAAAAAUAGAUGUUAGCCACUAUUAGGAACUGAGAAUUUUUUUACCCACUCCACCCUAGUUACAAGCUCUCGCCGCGAAAUGGACUGGAGUGAGUGUAGAGGAGUAGUCGCCAUAUUGGAUUAUCAACACGUGUAGAACUACUUUACUAAUAUUAGCAAGCAUGGCGAGUUUUGGACAUGUUAUGGAACUUGUAGGAAAGGUUGCGAACCGAUUCAUUGUCAUAUCCGUAGGAUUUGGUAUCGGUGGACUUUUUAUUUACAAAAACGCGGCCGAGGCCUUCCCGAAUCAAGUGUGCAAACCUAUCGUUGGCCUGAAGGACGAAGAUGGCAGCCUUUUGAAAGUCUCUGAGCGAAUAAGAACACAGUUCGAUGUAGUGUUGAAUAAGCUUGGCUACACGAAUGCCAACAAGAUAAGCUUGUUCAUAAAUCAGGGUGUACAUCCGAUGUCGGUGGGUUCAACUUCCUUUCCAAACGGAGCUGUUGUAAGCUUGCCAAAAUGGUACAUUUUUGAGAAUUACAAAGACAUAGAAACGUGUGGAAUUACGUUUCAAGGAAGGGACAUCAGAUGGGAUUCUGAACUGGGUAUAAAGAUCAAAGAAUGUUUGCUACCUAGUGAUGAAAUGAUAGCUUUUUGCAUCGCGCACGAGGUUGCUCAAACGCAGCGAUUGGAUUACAAGGCUAUCAAUGCCGUCCUUGCACCAUCAUGGUUGUACUUGACAUAUAAGCUCGCCUACAUUGGCCCAAGGAUGUUGCAGCUUCACACAGUGCUGGAUAUACUCUUUAAGCUUGUCCUUUGUCGUUUGAGCUAUCUUUGCUACAAACAAGUGCACAUGAAACUAUAUCAUGAUGUAGUUUACCAGGCUGAUGUUAUGGCUGCAAAGUGUGAGCCCAGAAUGCUUCAAGGUGGGAUAGAUGUAUUCACUAAGAAGAUAGAGUUGAACCGUAUUCGACGCAGACUGAUGGGGAGGAAAGGACAGAACUGUUUUACAGAGGAAGGGAAUGACAUUGAAUCUCGCAUAUACCCUCUAUUGACAGACAGGCUUAAGCGAUUGAAGGACUUAGAAAGAGGUACUGCUCUUGUAACAGGGGUACGAGCAGAGUUUUCUAGUUGA